CGAAAACUUUAAACCUCCAAACACUACACGAUGCGCACGCUACAAAGGGGCCUGCAGCCUCUCUACACGCCCUUCCUGCACCCAAAGCAUAGCACUCGGAUAAGUCUUUCGCCAGCAACAGCAAACCCAGCAUGGACGCGUUUCUUCCACGCCAGCGCAAGCAAUCGUGCCCUCGACCUUGCCUACAACCUGCACGAUAGCAAAGGCCGCUCAAAGGGACCGCCCAUUAUAAUCCUCCACGGCCUCUUUGGCAGCAAAACGAAUAAUCGAAGCGUUAGCAACGCCUUCUCCCGCAUCCUCUCUCGCCCCGUCUACGCCAUCGACCUCCGCAACCACGGCUGCUCCCCGCACGACAAAACCCACAACUACACCGCCCUUGCCGAAGAUGUCGAGCACUUCCUACGCAAACACAAUUUGCACGACGCCACGUUGAUCGGGCACUCGAUGGGCGCGAAGACAAUCAUGACCAUGGCGCUGCGAGACCCCGAGUGCUGCGACAACAUCGUGGCCGUCGAUAAUGCACCCGUAGACGCCGCGCUCGCAAGCGACUUCCCAAGGUUCAUAGAGGGGAUGCGCAAAGUCGAGGAAGCCAAACCCAUGAGCCAGAAGCAAGCGGACCAGAUACUCGAACCAUACGCGCGGGAGCUCGCCGUGCGCCAAUUCCUGCUCACCAACCUGAUCCGACCCGAACCCUCCGAGCCGCUCAGGUUUCGCAUCCCCGUGCGGAUAUUGGGCGAUUCGCUGGAUAACAUGGCGGAUUUCCCGUUUACGGAUCCGGACCAGGCGCGGUUUAGCAAGAGGAGUUUGUUUAUUCGGGGUACGAGGAGCCACUAUGUCGCUGAUGAGACGUUGCCGAUCAUUGGGAGGUUUUUUCCGCGGUUUGAGCUGGUGGAUGUCGAGGCGGGGCAUUGGGUUAUUAGUGAGAAUCCGGAUGCGUUUGUUAAGACGGUUGUGCAGUUCCUUCAAGAUAAGGACUAAGAUAAUAUUCUAGAUUAUGUACUGUUAUCCCCGUUUCGACAGCAUCAAGUAUAUACAUUCGAACAGAAAUGCGCCCCCUUGUGGUCAAGGAGUCGGAUUUGCCAAAGGCAAU